AUGCCACCUUGGAGAAUCUGUUGGGACAUUCUGGAUGAUCCAGAUCUGGCUACAGGUCUAUUUCCUAGAAUUGAGCCUGGGUACAGAUUGUUUGAGAAGGAACCUGAGGAUGAAGAGGUUAGAAUUGACUUCAGGAAGAAGUUCCUGAGUGUAAUGCUGCUCCGGGACCUGCCUUUUGGAGGUGGUAAGCCUCCUAACUAUCAUUUAGGCGGAGAGGUCUAUCACCCCAACUUAUGUGCCAAGCAGCUUGGCUGUCCCCAGCUUAUUCCUUUGAGGUCUUAUAGAAGAUGCCCUUUAAACAACAGUGCAUAUGCUAGGUUCAUUGGUCUGCCAGAUUCCAGUUCUGCCACAAAAGUGCUUUUUGAUGGCUGGGAUUCUUGGAUUGUCCACGCAGGGGCAGAGGCCAAGAAAUUUAUGAUGCAGACGAUCAAAGACAUCAAUGCCCAAGUCAUUGAAGGAACCUUAUGGGACAAGCUGUUUAGGUUGGAGAAGUGUUUGGUAGAACAGCCAACUAUUGAGGUGACUCUUUUUGCCAAAAGGAACAAGAGAAAGGAGACUGUCCAGCCUGAAACCUCAGCCGAAAGUCCCCAUCCUCCUCCUACUAGGUCAAAAAGACUUAGGAAAAUAGCCAUGGCGGAAUCUGAGGAGAUAGAAGAACUCGCAGCAGUUCCUACUGAAACUUCUAGGACUGAUGAAGAGCUGAGGGAAGCUUUUGAAGCUGUAGGGCAGAAGAAGGAAGUAGACGUCUCAACAGGAGAUAAGAGAAAAGGCAAAGAAGUCGAAGAUGAGGAGGAGAUCCCUGCUGAAAUAAUAGCAGAGAGCAUUGCGCUGGCUAAGCAACACAAGAAGCUCAAACGACAGGACCUACUAGUAGAAGAGGAGAAAACUAUUUGGACUUUGGCUGUGGUGACCAGCCCUUUCAAACCUCAUGUUGUGGCUAUGCCCAUCCAUUCUGUUCCAGGUUCAUUUACCACAACCUCCUUUGCUAAUCCAGAAUUGGCAGAGUUCGAAGCUAUGGAUCUGGAUGCUCAGCUGGACAAGCUAGAGAAACUCAACUCUAGUCCUGGCAAAGCUAAGUCCAAAGUAGUGGGUGAGGCAGUGGAUAGAGUGAGAAUCUAG